AUGACUUUCCUCCGACACAUCACUAGACAGCGUCACGCCGCCGGCACCGGUAUGGGACACGCUAAGAGAGCGUAUCACACACAAAAAUUCUAUCAAUACAAUAAGGACCAUCUGUAUAUUGCAGUUCCUGUUCUCUCUACCGCUGGUCUCAUGGCUUUUUAUCACCGCACGGUUGAAUUUUCUUUCCAAUACCAUGGACAACAGAAGAAAGACACCAAAGCAAAAGCUGCUGCUGACAAAAGAAUCUGA